AUGGAAGAAGUAUUGAACAAAUAUGGCUUUGAGUAUCAACUCAAACCACAGCAGACACGCAUCAUUAAUUCAGUGGUGGAAAAACAAAACAUCAUAGGUAUUUUACCAACUGGUUUUGGUAAAAGUGAUACUUUUAUCAUUCCACCAUUGUUAUUGGACCAGUGUAGUAUUGUUUUCACAUCCCCUGAAUCCAUCAUGAUGGAACCUUGGAGGGGGAUGUUAAGAAAUGUUCACUAUAAGGAGAGGCUUAUCUUGUUGGUCUGUGAUGAAGCCCACUGCAUUGUUGAAUGGGGUGAUGAUUUUAGGCCUGAAUACAAAAAAAAUAAUGUACUCAGAAGUUUGGUAACCUGCCCUUGGUUAAUUCUGACUGCCACUGCUACAGAAGCCAUGAUGAAUAUAAUGUUAUUACACCUUUUGUUUGAAGAAAAUGAUAUUACUACUGUUGCUACUGUACCUGACAGGCCAAACAUAGUUUUGCAUUAUAAAAACAAUGGCAAAAUGAAAUAUGAAGAGGAACUUGACUGGUAUCUUAAUGAUCUCUCCAAGAAUGGUGUAAAUGCUAAAAAGGUUAUCAUCUAUUGUAGAUCUCUUAGUCAGGUUUCUGAUAUCCAUGAACAUCUUGUCUAA